UCCCACGUGACAGCCGGUGAGAAGAAGCUGCUGUCAUGGCGUCUCCCAGCGCAAGGGGAGCCCCGAGCUGGCAGCAUCUGGCGGCGGGCGGAGGAGGAGGGAGCCCCCGUCGAGGGACGGAGCUGGUGGACUCGGUGGAUGACGCCGAGGGGCUGUACGUGGCGGUGGAGCGCUGCCCGCUGUGUAACACCACCCGCCGGAGGCUGACCUGCGCCAAGUGCGUCCAGAGCGGCGACUUCAUCUUCUUCGACGGGAGGGACACUGAGCGGUUUGCAGACAAGAGGGAGAGAUUAAACCGCUUAAGGGAAACGCAGCUGGAUUUUCAGAAACAGGUGGCAUCAGUCGUAGAAGGCAAGCAGGCAGCAGAUAAGCUGAAAUGGAAGAUCAUGUCUUGCAAGAUGAGGAUUGAACAGCUGAAGCAAAGCAUAUGGAUUGGGAACGAGGAGAUUGCAAAGAAUUCUGAACUUCUUUCCAAGUCAAAAAAGUACAACCAAGAACUUUACCUCAGGAGUCAUAGGCAUCAGGAGAAGAAGGAGAAGAUUCAGAGGAGGAACCAUAAGCUCAGCGUGGUAGUGGAGAAAAGGAACAAAGAUUUAAAGAGCCGACACGCAGAGUUGGCAAGUCUUCGGCGGUCACAUAUCCUGGAGCUGACUUCAGUUAUAUUCCCCAUAGGGGAAGUCAAAAAUGUAACAAGGGAUCCAGACGAUGUUUCAUUCGAGAACGACAAUGCAAUGACCUCUAGCACUGUGAGUAAACUGGCCGAAGCCCGCAGGACCACUUACCUUUCUGGACGAUGGGUGUGUGAUGAUCACAACGGAGAUAGCAGCAUUAGUAUCGCCGGACCCUGGAUCACUCUGCCCAACAAUGGGGAUUACUCUGCGUACUACAACUGGGUGGAGGAGAAGAAGACCACGCCCGGGCCUGACAUGGAACACAAUAAUCCGGCGUACACGAUCAGCGCAGCGUUGUGCUAUGCAACGCAGCUCGUCAACACUCUGUCACAUAUAUUAAAUGUCAGCCUUCCACGAAAGCUGUAUAAUAGUGAAUUUUGUGGUGAGAAUUUGAGCCGGUGGAAGUUUAAUCGUGCAGUGAAUAAGCUGAACUCCAACAUCCUCUACCUGUGCUUUUCUCAGCACGUGGACUUGGAUCUUCUGCAUCCACUACAUACUCUCAGGAACCUCAUGUACUUGGUUAGUUCAGACAGUGAAAACCUGGGCAGGUCUGGACCUUUUGAAAUUAGCGCCGAUCUUGAAGACUCUAUGGAAUUCGUAGAUCCCAGCGGGGCUGGCGAGAGCGAUGAAAGUGGAGAUGAGCACAUAAGCGAUGAAGAGACAGACCUCGGCACUGACUGGGAAAAUCUACCGAGUCCCAAGUUUUGCGACAUCCCCUCCCAAGCAGCGGAGAUGCAGGAGAGCGAGAGCACCAUGAUGUCUCAGCCCAUCGCCAGCAGCAGCGCUGGGGGCAUGAUCUCCUCUGCCGCCGCCUCCGUCACCUCUUGGUUGAAGGCGUACACCGGACAUCGCUGACUUAGCUCUGCAGGACACACACAUGGCAUUACCUCUCCUGUCACUGACUUUUUUUACACAGGCAAGAUAAGUAGUUUGGCUCAUGUCAGAGAACAAACUUUCUAUAGGCCUUUUUGUUUGUUUUUGUGCACAGAUGGGACGACACAGAUUACCGCUUGGUUUCAUAAUUGGGGAUAUAUCCUUUGCGCUCCAUGUGCUACCUACCUGCACCUGACCCAGGAGUGCUGAACAUGUCGUAGAAGUUUUGUGUUUUUUUUUUUUCUCCUUGCCUAAAUUUACAAUUUCAAAUGUAAUGUGAACAGAGCCCUUUUAGACAUUAUCACUUUCUAAAAUACGCCCAGGGUAGCAGAAUGGGUGCACUCAUGGCAGCCAACCUAAAGGAAAGAGGAGGAUCAUGUUGCUUAGGUUUAGGUGAGCAGCUUCUUCCAGGUUUACUCCUCAGCUAGUGCCUCACGUUACCUGCACCAAAAUCCCUCUAGCAAAAGCCAGUUGUGUUUGGCCGUGUGCACGGAGCACAGGGAGAUGUCGGGGGUCAUAGAUUGAUAGCACAGCCAGGCUAUUCCAUAUGUAAAGGAACGGAACUUGCAGCUUCAUAUGGAUCUUAAAGGGAAUAUGCCCGUCUGCACGAUGUCUUAGAUUUGCAACUGUUGCAUGAUGCCGAUUUGAGUUUGAUUCAAGAAUCCAAUAGUAGAGAUGAGCGAACUUCUGUUUUAAGUUCG